CUGUGGGCCAUUUUGCCAAGCCCAGCACGAUGGGCGAGUUUUGACCAAAGUUUUAACGGCGGGUAUUUUAUGCCAGAGUCGUGCUGAACGGCUCUUCUGCGCUAAAAAUGGAAGCCUCUCUGAGCUUCAGAAGCUCCUCAUUUCUUCGUCUAACUCCGACGUCGUUUUCUCCUCACUUCCCAGCUAAACUCAGAUUAACGCGAUUAAAACGUUCAAACUCAGCAUAUAAUUAUCAAAAUCAUAGUAUACUGGUUAGAAAGGCUUGUGGGUCCGAAGAAAAUGGGUCAGUUAAUGGGUUUCCAGCUUUGCCGAAUAAAAUUUUCAUGGAAGAGGCAAUUGGAGCUGAAUACGGGGAAGGUUUUGAGACAUUUAGACCUGAUGGUCUCCUUAAAGUUGAUGUGGACUUUUUAAAUGAUAGAUUGCAAGAAGGUUUUCUUCAAAGAAUUCGGUAUGCCAUGAAGCCUGAUGAAGCUUAUGGGCUUAUAUUCUCAUGGGACAAUGUUGUGUGAUUUCACACUGGAGGAUUGUGAAAGAUGUAUAGACAUGAUCAGUGCAUGAAAAGUCUGAGUAGCGGUCUGGAGAGAAUGUUGAAGAAGAGACAGCGGGUAAAACUUUUGACAAAAAAGCUAUAGGAUUUUUUGGCAUAGAACUCAGAGGCGAUUCUG